GACAAAACUUCAUGUUUAAUAUUCUGCUCCACCUUUUGUGGUAGGCAGCCACCUAGAAAGGGGAAGUUUCGCGAGGUGGUAUCUAUAGUGCAUCUAAUUUAUAUAAAUAAGGAUCUAUUAGUUCGAUCCAUCAGUAUAAUGCCACCAUUCACAUUCUCUUUCUUUCCUUCUCAUCUCAUCAAUCCCAUUUCCAAGCUUUCCUCCGAAUUCGAAUGUCAUGUCUUAUCAAAUGCAAACACUCCCCGGCAUAGCCUUGCAUGGCCUGCCCGAGAAAAAUGGAGUUUAUGAUCAACAGGAGAUAGUGACUCUUAUAACGCAAUACUACGAACUUCUCGCCAAAAUGCGUUACUUUCCCACCUCCUACAUCAAAUAUGCACCCCACGAUCCUCCCAUCGACGUGGAUCUCGCAAAGAGCUUUGACCUUGAACCACAAGCCAUUGAACUCCUUCAAGCCCUGCCAUAUAUUGAGGGCUAUAGCAAUGAAGAUGAGUUUAUCCUUGGUGGAAGUUUUGCCGAUAUGAGGAGUCUGGAUGUGUUGAUGCAGAGCCGAGAUCCGGGAUUUGCUUCUCCCGAAGGCGGAUUUGAUGAUGAGAACGGGGAGUACAUGAGACCUUGGGAAAUCUGUAUCAAUGAAUGUGGAAAUCAUGGAACUAUGAUGUUUCUUGAUACGAGAAAUGGUCACAUAACAAUGGAAGGCCAAGAUUCCGGUCGUAGCGAAGAUCCCGGCGUACAUAACUUCCCCGAGGGUCUCCGAAGUCUCAAUCUCAAUUCCCAUGAACAUCUUCCCAGCCGCCACGCCAAAGAACUCUUCGAAGAUUUCACCAAUAGACUUUUGAAACUUCAAUGGAUUCCAAGCUCCGAGGACCGUAGAAUGUUAUCGGAAUGGGAUGAAGAGUACGAAGAUCUAAGACUCCUCUUCCGAACCUGCGGCUGGCCCCAUAACUUCAACGGCACCAGCUUCGACUCUAUCCACGCCCGCUGGUGCGAGUUUUUGACCAUAAAACGCCACGCGUGUGACUCUGCUUCUGAUAUAAUAUAUCAAAAGCUCAAUCUAGAUAACGUCACAGAAUCUCUAAAUUCACAUUCUAGGCGUGUGCGUAUGGGAGUGUGGGAUUGUGAUCCUGACAAAGACCGCGAAGACAUUUUAAUGUUAGAAAAUACUCUCGAGGAUAAAAGAGAAUUAGUCAAUGAAGCAAACAAAUUGCUAGAAAAAGCUAUAGCUGAUCAUGGGGAUUGGAAAGGAGAAAGAGCAGAAAUGGUGAAAGCGUGGAGGAAGCAUUUUGAGAAUGAAAUUAAGAGGGAGGAGGGGAAUUUGGAAUGGUGGAGAGGAGAGGGGAAGGCGCAUUCUAAGGAAGAGGAAAUUAAAGAGACUCAGGAAAAGGUAAGUGUCUUGAAGAGAAGGUUGGCGAAAGUAGAAGAAGAACCGAUUUCGGUAGAAGAAGUUAUUAGGUCUUUGUAGAAAUGUGGGUAGUGUGGUGCGAAAGGUCUUCACAGGUUUCUGGGCCAGAAUACGAUGAACUUAUCAAAAAGCGAAACGCAUCUGAUUGUCUCGUUUCAUUUCAAAGAUUCAGGAUUUGGAAGCUCGAAAGAGCUGUGAAAGUGCACGCAAAGGAGUCAAUACUGCAAUCAACCAUCUUCAAGAAUCUUCCUCGCAAACACACUCUCGCAUCUUGUUUUUCUCAAAGCUAUAUGUUCAUCCAAUUCACUAUCAUCCACUCA